AACAACACAGGAAGCUGCAUCGUCAGGCAACUCCUUGAAGAACCUCGUCACUGCCUGGAGAAGAAACUCUCAACCAUAAAAGAAACCCCCAACCAUAGAGGAAACCCUCAACCAUAGAAGAAACCCCUAACCAUAGAGGAAACCCUCAACCAUAAAAGAAACCCCAACCAUAGAGGAAACCCUCAACCAUAAAAGAAACCCCAACCAUAGAGGAAACCCUCAACCAUAGAAGAAACCCAACCAUAGAGGAAACCCUCAACCAUAAAAGAAACCCCAACCAUAGAGGAAACCCUCAACCAUAAAAAAAAACCCCACCAUAGAGGAAACCCUCAACCAUAAAAGAAACCCCAACCAUAGAGGAAACCCCCAACCAUAAAGAAACCCCAACCAUAGAGGAAACCCUCAACCAUAAAAGAAACCCCAACCAUAGAGGAAACCCUCAACCAUAAAAGAAACCCCAACCAUAGAGGAAACCCUCAACCAUAAAAGAAACCCCAACCAUAGAGGAAACCCUCAACCAUAGAAGAAACCCCCAACCAUAGAGGAAACCCUCAACCAUAAAAGAAACCCCAACCAUAGAGGAAACCCUCAACCAUAAAAGAAACCCCCAACCAUAGAGGAAACCCUCAACCAUAGAGGAAACCCUCAACCAUAGAGGAAACCCUCAACCAUAGAAGAAACCCCCCAACCAUAGAAGAAUCCUUCACCAGUAGAAGAAACCCUUAACCAUAGAAGAAACCAGCCAUAUAAGAAACCUUUAACCAUAAAAGAAACCUUCAACCAUAAGAACAUAAAGGAACAUUGCAGAAGGCCUACUGGCCCAUGCGAGGCAGGUCCAAUUCUCCCACCAGCUUAACCCAAUGCUCUGACCUAGUCAGGAUACUGCUAAUCAGAAUCAGGAAGAAUGACUUGAAGAAAUAAGCAAGUGAAGCCUGCUCGUAUCCCGCACACCGAACCCAAUGUCUGGAUAAUUUGUGUCUGGAUAAUUUGUGUCUGAAUAAUUUAGCCUUGAUAGAAAUAUUAGACUAUCGUGGCCACAGCAGAGCUGCAGCAGAGCUGCAUUUGCUGCAUAAAUACAAAGCCCCAUUAAAUAUCUGUGAACGGCAGUAACACUGCAUAUAUAUACUGCACACUAGUGUCAGAUAUACUACAGUGCUGACUCCCAGUGCCAGAUGUAUUGUACUAUCGUGGCCACAGCAGAGCUGCAUUUGCUGCAUAAAUACAAAGUCCCAUCAAAUAUCUGUGAAUGGCAGUAACACUGCAUAUAUAUACUGCACACUAGUGUCAGAUAUACUACAGUGCUGACUCCCAGUGCCAGAUGUAUUGUGUAAGUGUAAUAUUGUGAGUGUUGGGUGUCAUAUGUGUCAUUAUUGUUAGAUAUACUUGUACAGUGAAUAACUAAAGAGAGUGUGAUGAAUACUUGUCAGUGUUUAGUAAUGGCCCACUCAGAGACAGAAACUCAGAAAAUUAAUUAAUCUGUAUAUUUUGGCCCCCCUGCUGGGGUCCUCUUCAGCAGAUACACAAGUGAAAGGCAAAAACACGUACAGUAUCAACACUAAUAAUAAAAUUAAUAUUUCAGCAUGUUACAAAGCUUAUACAGAGUUGGGUGACAUUUAGAUAUGCAUGCCGAAAGCUCCUUUUAUGCACAGAAUUUCAGCAAAUUUAAACCUAACUUAGGACUAAAAGGGCAAUAACUAUGUGCUUAUACGUAUAUAUCUAUAUAUAUAUAUGUACGAUCUCUAAGGGUCAUGAACUAACAAUCACAGAACUUACUUUAACAUCACCAUUCGCACAUGCACAUCCUCAUAUUUUAGCUAAAUUAUGUAAAUUAUCGCACUUGUAAUCGAAACUGCUCUUACAGUUACAUUUUAUGGCAAAAUUAUGCUAAAUAAUUCACUGUGUACCCGCUGCUGCUCCUGUGAGUGGUAGUUCACUGUGUACCCGCUGCUGCUCCUGUGAGUAUUUUUUUCAUCUAGCAUAUACGUAUAUUUUAGCUAAAAAUUAAAGUGAACUUAUUUUCAUUUUAUUGAUCAGAUACGUAUUAUUUUUGUUCAACACCUUGUCUUAUUGCAGAGAAUUUGUAUUUAUCAGGAGCAUAUUUAUAUUCAUUAACAGUGUCUAAUAUGCAAUGCAUUUGCAACACCAAACAUUCAUUAUAAAAUUGUGAUAAUUUAUUUUAAUGCUUCAGUAUUGAGCAAUUAAAGAAUAUUAAUUAGUAAUUCGAGAGUAAAAUUAUAAUUGUACAGUAGUAUUGUUUGAAGGGGGGAAAGUUACCAGUUAUUUCAUAUAUUUUGGGGGGAGAGUUUCUUGUUAUUUAAUAUAUUUUUUUGAAAGUUUAUGGUUAUUUAAUAUAUAUCUAAGAAAACUUAAUUCAGGAAAAAAAUAAAAUUUACCAUCUUUUUUUGUAAACAAAUCGUUCUUAAUAUGCUUCAAAUUCUUUAUAAUGGUCAAUAUUAUUAGCAAACUCCAGAGUUCACAUACGUGAGAAAUAUAUAGGUGUUUAGUACUGAAAAAUUAUUCACCAAUUUAUACUUGUAAAAAUUCUCACAUAGACUAGAGCCCAUGGCAGCGGUCAACAUGUUCAAAAAAUUGAAUGUGGAAUCUACUUCAGUGAUGGAAAUUGGGGUCGACACUGAAAAGACACAACAUCAGUGUUCAGUGUGCCUGAAAUUUUUUUCCAGUAGAACGUCUCUAGUGAAACAUUCAAACAUUCACACAGAGAAAAAAUACCAGUGUUCCGAGUGUGUAAAAGUGUUUCUGCGAAAGUAUAAUUUAGUGAGGCACAUGACAACUCAUACUGGUGAAAAAUUACACCAGUGUUUAGUAUGCCUAAAGCAUUUUUCUGGGAAAUCGUACUUAGUUACACACAUGAAAGUUCAUACAGGGGAGAAAGCCUAUCAGUGUUCCGAAUGUUUAAAAGAAUUUAUGCUAAAAUCACACUUAUUAAGGCACAAACGAACUCAUACGGGUGAGAAGCCAUACCAGUGUUCAGUAUGUUCAAAAGACUUCACAGAAAAAUAUCAUUUAACUAUUCACAUGAAAAAUCAUACAGGAGAUAAGCCAUAUCAGUGUUCAGUAUGUCUCAAAGUCUUUCCAGUUAAAUCUUCUUUAUUAAGACAUACGAGAGUUCAUACAGGAGAGAAGCCAUAUCAGUGCUCUGAAUGUCAAAUUGGUUUUUCACUAAAAGCUCACUUAGAAAGACAUUUGAGAACGCAUUCAGGCGAGAAACCAUAUCACUGUUCAGUCUGCCUGAAAGACUUUGCACUGAAACCAACGCUGGUGACUCACAUGAGAACUCACACAGGUGAGAAACCACAUCAGUGUCCAGUAUGUCUCAAAAGCUUCUCAGAUCAGUCUUAUUUUAAGAAACAUUUAAAAAUGCAUACAGGAGAAAAGCCAUACCAGUGUACAGUGUGUGUCAAAGGGUUUUUUGAUAAUUCUUCAUUAAAUAAGCAUUUGAAAACACACACAAGAGAGAAGCCAUAUAAAUGCUCAGUGUGUUUGAAAGGCUUUACACAAAAAUAUUUAUUGGCAACACACUCACAAGUUCAUUCAGAAAAUGCUUUAUUAAAGCAAAUAAGGAUUCCAAAAGUUAAAGAAUCAUGUUAGUGUUGAGAAUGUAAAUAAAAAAGAAAAAAAAAAACUGACGUAAAAUGUGUAAAACUGAACCCUUUGAAGAACAAAAA